AGGGAGGGAGGGAGGUGUGCAACAGUUUCCUGUCGUCGCUGGCCUGCGUCUCUGCACCUUCCUCCUCCGAGUCUGUUUCUGUUGCUGUCAGGGCGAAGAGCACCGGCGAGGCUGAGCGGAACAGGAUGCAGGCUAUCAAAUGUGUGGUCGUGGGAGAUGGAGCCGUCGGAAAGACGUGUCUCCUCAUCAGCUACACAACCAAUGCCUUCCCCGGGGAAUACAUUCCUACUGUAUUUGACAACUACUCGGCUAAUGUGAUGGUGGACAGCAAGCCGGUCAACCUGGGCCUCUGGGAUACGGCUGGUCAGGAGGACUACGACAGGCUCCGCCCACUGUCCUACCCACAGACGGAUGUUUUCCUGAUCUGCUUCUCCCUGGUGAGCCCCGCGUCCUACGAGAACGUCAGAGCCAAGUGGUACCCGGAGGUCCGUCACCACUGCCCCUCCACACCCAUCAUCCUGGUGGGAACUAAGCUGGAUCUGAGGGACGAGAAGGAAACCAUUGAGAAGCUGAAGGAAAAAAAGCUUGCACCACUCACCUAUCCUCAAGGCCUGGCUCUAGCAAAGGAUAUAGACUCAGUGAAAUACCUGGAGUGCUCGGCUUUGACCCAGCGUGGUCUGAAGACUGUGUUUGACGAGGCCAUCCGCGCCGUGCUCUGCCCCAAGCCCGCCAAGACCAAGAAGAAGACCUGCUCACUGCUGUAAAGGAUUCUUCCAAGACCCAGGGAGACGACAUAACGAGAUACAGACUGCUGGACCCAGGUUAUAGGAAGAACAUUUAAAAGUUAUGUAAUGUUUCUAAUGGGAAAACACGACUAGAUUUCCACUAGUUAAAAAAAAGAAAGGCUUUUGACGUCAUAAAAUAACGGUACAAUACUUUCUGUACAUUAUGCUUUGAGACUGAAUUUUACAGUGUAUUUUAUAAAUGCAGCACCAGGUGGGAUGUCACUGUACAAUAAAAAGAAAAGUAAAUCACUAAAUGUUGAAUCAACAGAUUGGCCCACUAGAUUUAUCCAAAGUUCCUUUUUUUCCCACAACCCUUCUGGGUCCCACGAUAUAUAUAAAGGGAGAGAGAUUAUUUGCUGAUCCGUUAUUGUACGAGUAAUUAAGCGUAAUGAUCAACAAUGUAGUUUUGUAUAAGAAGGGAGAAGAAAAAUGUUGUAUUUCAGUAAAAAAAAAACAGAAAAAAGAAAUAUUAACAAAUGUUUUCUUUGUUGUGAUGUUAAAAAUAAAAGAUCUUUUAUCAAAUAAAGUA